AUGACAAGAUAUCGUCCAUUGAUAAUGUUAGCUGUGGGAAUAACAUUUAUAUAUUGGAUAAUAUCAUUACAUAAAGCACCUUUUCCUUAUCCUCGAAAUAUAAUAUUAACAAGAGAUGUAAUAUUUGGACAUUCUUUUGAAUUAUAUAAACCUGAUGGUAUAUUCAUUUGUGCUCAAAAUGAUUGGGUUUAUUUAACAGCUAUAUGGAAAGGGUAUGGAUCAGAUUUUGAUGAUGCUACUGGGCUUAUUAAACAAUAUAGGCGUCCAUUACAUUUACUCUUAUCAUCUAAUAAUUUUGGUCCAGAUAAUGAAUGGAAACUUCUUUAUGUUCAUCGUUUGGAUGGUCCAAUAGCGCAUACAUCAAGUUAUCAUCAUAAAAAUAACUUGAUAACAACAGAUUAUGAUUAUGAUGAAAAUAAUGCGUUAGCAGUAUUAUAUCAAAAACAAGAAGAAGAACAAAUUCAAUAUGUUUUAAGAUUAUAUAAUAUAGGAAAUUUUGAAUCAGGAAGUGCUGAUUCCGAUUAUGUUGAUAUAAUUAUGCCUGGCACAACAAAAAUUAAAUCAUUUCAUGUGGAAGAUUCUUUGAUUUUAUAUUCAAGAAAUCCUGAUAAUGCCAAGUUUCGAACUAUUCAAAUACCUAGAAAUAUAUUUGAAAUUGGAAAGCGAAAAAAUGAAGCAUUAAUUAUAAAGUCUGGAAUCACACGAGAAGAACCAUCGAAACGAAAAACCUUGACAUAUCGUCGUGUAUAUGCGGCAUCAGGCGUUAUCCGUGUUAUGAAUGCAGAAAUAACAGCAGAUGAAGAGUCAUGGACUUUUCAAGUUACAGUUAUUCAUAAUUCUUCAUCCGUUGAAGAUACUAGCUGGCGAAAUAAAAAAUUAAUUUCGUAUACUCAAAGUUCACCAAAAAGAAUAGAAUACGAUCAAUUUGAUUUUGUACGUGGUAUAACUCCUAUAUCACCUACUAUAAUUCCAAAACCAAUUGUUGUGACUGCACGUAACAUGACAACGAUAUGCAUUGCUUUGAAUGAUAUUUUAUUCACUUUUGAUUAUAGUAAUACUACAUCUGCAUCAGAUCCUAAACAAGAUUCUUAUAGUAAAGAAGCUUAUAUAGUUCGUAGUGAAUAUCUACCAGUUCUUGAAGAAUUACCAUUUCAAGUUAUAGGGGCUGAAGUUAACGCUAAUGGUAAUAUAUUACUUCUUGUUACCCAGGAAAAUUAUAUAUUAAUAUAUAAACGAGGACUUGCUGAUAUUCAUUUAACUUCAUCAACACGUUCAAGAAAAGGAUGGUUUGAUAGAUUAAUAGAUGAUAAUCAAAUAAAUAAUUCAAAUCGUGCAACAAAUAUUAAUGGUGAAAAUUGGGAAUUGAGAAUGGUUAUUACAUCAUCUUAUUUAGAUUUCGUAAGUCAAUCAGAUCUGGGGGUUAUAGCGGUAAAAACAUUAAAUAUUUCUAGAUUACAACCUGAAUACGUAGGAAAAAAUGUUACUGAAAAUAUUCUGUUAACAUUAUUUGAAAAUGGUAGAGUUGCAACUUUUAAUUUGGAUAGAGCAGAACAAGAAAUGAAACUAUGGUUUAUUAUUAAAAGACGAUGGCAAAUGAAUGAUAUGUGUAGUGUUGGUUUUUGUUUGGAAUGA